AUGAGCUACCAACAGCCACAGCAACAACAAGACCCAAGUGCGAAUCCAUGGGCUGGUACCGGUACAAGGUUAAGAAGGGGUAGCAAUGCUGGAGAAGAAAGUCCCAGCAGUCGAGGAGCCCGCUAUCGAGUAGAAGCUAAAGGUGUUCCUGUCCCUUCGACGUCUUCGUCUCCCAUCCCUUUCGAGCUAAGAGUCCCUACUGCUGCUUCCACGACACUCGAAGAAGUCGCCCACAAUAGACCCUCUUUGCGAGAAACUGGACUUCGAAACCACCAAGUGAUGGCCGAUCAGCGGCGAGCUAGUGUGCCAGACGCACACAUGCCCUACAAUCCUUCUGCAAGUAGUGCUGGACAACCUCGUGUACCUGAGAUAAUCAGACCCUUUCACGAGGCUCUCCAUGCUCCAGACAACCCUACCGGUACAAGCACAAGUAGACGACAAAGUGCUCCGGCGCCUCCUCCUGUGUGGAGUACUUCUAGGCUGGCCAAGACGGGAUCAGAUCGACAGUUGUGGGGUUCACAAGCACAAGCACAAUCGCAGGAGAACAGAGACCAAAGAUUUCCAGAACAACAACAAUCGCCACAAAUGAUGGAGUAUACCAAUCAACCUACCGGCAGUGAUCAGAUGCAUAUGCUUGGUGAACAGUAUACCCCUCAGUUUCAACAGCAACAGCAACAGGAACAGCAGUACCCACCUCAGCAACCCUACAAUCCUGGACCUUCGCAACAGCACUACAAUCCAUACAAUCAAGGACCUACACAACACCCACAGCAGUAUCCACCCCAACCUUCAUACCGACUUCAACAGCAGUAUCCACCUCAGCAGCACCAAUAUCCCCCACAACAGCCUCCUCCUCAAAGCCAACGGUAUCCUCCCCAGCACUCUCCUUAUCCUCCUCAUCCUCAACUGCAAGACAGUCAGAACCAGCCACCGUACCAACCAACACCUACUACCAGUACCGCUACCAGCAAGAAGAUUUCACCAGCCAAAUCCAAGAAGAAAGCUCAAAAGCAAGCUCAACCAACGCAAUUGUCGCAAUCACAGCCACAAUACUCACAAAUGCAACCGCAAUACUCACAACAGCAACCGCCGCCUGAGCGGUUGCAAGAUCCUGGUCCACCACCAACAGAACCAGGCGCAACCAAGAAGAAGAAAAAGCGACCACCGGGUCACAUUGAUAAGGACGGUGUGCCCUACUGGCAGAAAAAACUCAAAAAGAAGAUUGUCAAGGGAAAAAUCAAACCUACAAGACCCUCAGAGUUACCUGUCGUCACGCCCAGCCAGCCAGAGACACAACAACCAGAUGACGUCCAUCAGCCAGAACCACCCAAUCCAAAGUCUCGACUUAACCAGGUCCCACCACCGAGUGAUACCAUUACUCCAGCGGCGCGAGCACCAUCGCCUCCCGUUUGGGCAAGUGCCAAGUUGAAGUCCACCGGACAUGCAGACGCCGUCUUGAAAGGAAAGGAUAUCAAGCCUCCGCAUGCGUCGCUCCCUAUGCAACCUCCUCCUUCCCAGGGCAAUGACAUUACACCUUAUCAGCAGCAACAGCUAUUGAAGCAACCCCUAGCAGAACAACCGCCUCCACAACCCGCACGGCAAGCCCCGCAGAGUGAACCGCUGACACAAGAGCAACCCGAAGAACCUCCUCAGAAAGCUCCAAGUAACCCACCAUGGAAGAGACAAUGGCCUCCUCAGCCACAACGCUUACAGCCGUCGCCAACACCAGAACAACCAACUGCGACCAAGCAGUGGCCGCCACAGCAGCAGAGGUCUCAGCCAUCGCCUCUGCCAUGGCAAAAGAAGAAGCAAUGGCCACCACAACCGGAGUCUCAACAACCAUCGCUAGAACCAGAGGAGCCACCUGCGACUAAACAGUGGCCGCCACCAAAGCCACAACCCCAACAACAAACCAAGCAACCAGAAGGGCUGGAGUCAACCCCGUCAAACCCAGAAGCUUCCAUUCGUCGUUGGGGUAGGCAAGCGAAUCGUCCAGCCAAGGAGGAGAGUCAGCAGAAGGAACCCAAGCCGCAUCCGGUGGUGGCCCAUCCUCCUGGAUGGACACCACCCACAGAUUCGUCGCAGACCUCAAUCGCAUCACACAGACCCUCUCCGUCGCAAUCACAGCCGAGAAAUGCUCCGUGGUCACAGCAACAAAGAGACUCGCCAGUGCAGCUACCGAAACAGCAACCGCCGAGAGAAAGUGAAGCCCCAACAAGAGCGACGAUGCGCGGUACGGCACCUGUGCGAACCAUGUCAGCGCCCUCUUGGGCUAAUACCGGUAAACCGAUGUUGAGGUCCAGUUCUCCUCAGGUCAAGCAACCACCACCGCAUCCAUCCAAGCCACCAUCGUGGGCAACGAGCAAACCCAGCCUAAAAGCGACACCUCGGGGAGAAGCUGUCAUGAAUAGCAUUGAUAUUGGAUCUCCCAACCGUCCAGACUGGUAUCAGCCAUUUGUUCCAAAACCAUUUGAAGACAUGACGCCCGAAGAAUUGGAGGAGUGGAAACAGCGAAAGCAACUGGAACAACAAGAGCGGGCUCAGCAAAACAAGUUGGUGGCACCUCCAGUGGAGCAAAGUGUUGCUGUAGAACCCCCGGUUGUCCCGAGAGAAGCAACACCACCCCCUGAACCGCAACCUCCGCAACAUUCCGAACCGAAACAAACUGUGUCAUCCAUCCGAAGUGUGCCUUCUGUUUCGCCGAUACCUGCUCCUAACUCGCCGAUUCCAAGGGUCCCAUCCAACAGAAGUAUGGCUCCACCAUCUCCGGCACCUGGUGCUGGGCAGCCUCCUCGCCGACAAUCGAGCAACAGGGGACUCCCUCCAGCAUCUCCUAUCCAAACACAGCGAAGGUUCUCCAACCGAAGCACCACUCCAGCGUCCCCAUCCACAGCUCCCAAGCCGUACCUAUACAAGACGAUCCCGCCAGCAUCCCCUGAUUUACCUCCCAGAGCGAUAAUGAUGCGGAACAUUCCGCCAGCGUCGCCAGAUUUACCUCCCCGACACACUUCACAAGCAUCGAAUAGGAGCAUCGUGGUACCGGUGCGGAGUGUUAAUUACGAAGAUGAUAUCAGUAUGAGCGGAGUCAGCGCCCUCACCGAAGCUGUCGUUUUGGAGGCCCCUCCUGAGAGCACACGAAGUUUGCAGACGGAGGACGGCGACUCGAGUGGUGCAGCCACCGCACCAUCGUGGGCCAGCGGAGCUGUGAAACUCAAAAGCACGGGGAAGAAAAAGGAUUUAUGGCAGGCACCGCCUAAGAUUGAUACCGAGACGAGCGGUGAAGAGCCAGUGGAAGCGCCAGAGCAGACCACGCCAGUGCAGGCCAACAAGAAGAAGGAAGAAGAAUACAAAUCGGAUCCUACAACGAUAGGGGCAGAACUCGAGCCAGAUCAAGCCACGGAGCCGCCACUAACGCAGGACAAACCUCAAACACCUGUUGUGGCUGACCCGGAGACAAGAGACGAACCAAAGGCCAAGGACUUCACAAAAUCAAUCACUACGACGAUCACGGUUACCACCACCAGCAACAUGCCCGACGGUACUGGGCUGGACAGGAGCGAGUCCGCUAUACCCGCAGCUGCGGCCGCUGCUAUGGCUGCUGCCGCCGCUGUCAACGAUAAGCAGUCCACGACGCCUGCUUGGGCUAGCAAAUUGAAACCCACGGGCUUUGCAGACGAUGUGAUGAAAGGGAAAGACAUCAAGUCUGAUUCCGAAGAAUCUGCUCAUCGACGGAGAAGACCAUCAUGGAAACGAGAGAACACGCCCGACUCCGAAGCGCCAUUUGACGAAGCUCCAUCUCUGCACUCGCAAGAAGCCGUUGUAAAGCCUUCGGCGCCUCCAACCAGCACAGCGUCCCCUGGUCGAGCCGUUCGAGGAAGAUCCUCUAUGUCAAUUCCGUUGGCUGCUAGGCCUCCGCUUGGAACUUUCAAGCCACGGCCAUCGAGUUUGGAACCGUCUCAACAAGCGGGGGCUACUAGGGCGCGAUCGUUCAGUUUCGGGUCCAGUCCUCCCUCGCCUCAACCCUCAUGGGCCGUCGAACGGCCCAAAUUGAAGCCUACGGGACGAGGUGACGCUGUGUCAAGAGGGGUCGAUGUCAAGCCUCAAAUAGUCUCGUCUACCAUAGCAAGCAAGCCCGCUGCAAGGAGCUCCUUGCCGCCCCCAACGAUCCCACAUUUGGUUGUGGAGCCGCCCACGGAGGAGGACAAUACAAUUCGAGCCAAGCCACUAUGGGCUGCAGGGCGUCCAAGCUUGAAAGCCACCGGACAUGCUGGUGACGUCAUCCGUGGAAUCGAUAUCAAGACGAGAUCGGCUUUCUCACCAGCCUUGACACCCAGAUCAACGGCUCUGCAGCAUUCCCUCAAUCAAUUGAAAUCGCCGGAGGACAGAUUUUCGAUGCAGAUGCCCCCUGAGCCCCCACAAGUGUCGGCGUAUCGAGUAGCUUUGCGAUCGGUGCCAGAUGCCGCCGUUCCCAGACGAGGAAGGAUUGUUCCAGUUAAGACGAAGCUACGCGAACCAGAGGAAGACGAGUUCUCGGCACCUCUAGUGCCCGCCAACCGAAGCGUGUUACGGCGCGUUGGCAGCCCAGAUAGCGAUCUCCCAUCUGACGAAGAAAAGACAUCCAAAGGUGAUCCUCAGAUCCCUGGCAGGAUACCUGCCAAGGCCGCAAACCGUGCCUUUAAGGGAACCCCUGCUCGCACAACAGUUUCCAUAUCUCCAGUGCCAUCAAAGAAUGGCCCAAGCUUUCCAGAGGUAGAAAUCGAAGUCGAAGUUGCCGAGGGACAUCCCCUGGUUCGCGCGAAGAAGACUCAUCAACUGGGUAUGACUGUACAGAAGCCAAGCGACAGCAAAGAUCACCACAGCAGCAAGGCCACCAGGACGAAGAAGGGGAAAAGCGUUCCCAAAAUGGAAAUAGAGGUCGAAGUCGCCCAUCACCCGCAAGCGGAGACGGUGAGUGAAGUUCCGGAAAGAAGCCACGCCGCAUGGACGUCGCAGUCUUUGCCUGACUCGUCAGUGGGGAGGUCGAUAGAAGCGCCUCUAAGAAGCCGCUCCACACGCUCGUCGCAAUGUGCAUUUGACUUGCCUUCGAAGAGGGCCGUAGAGAAACCAACGAAGACGGCGGACGCUGAAGCUCCGCAGAGACGACCCACAACCGGCACGUCGCAACCUUCACCGGAAAAGGUGCCAACACAACCGAGCAGUUGUGACAGAGUUGACAUCACAGAGACGGUCCCUGCUCCGCAAAGUAAUGCCUCUAAUCUACAGAUGCAAGUUUUGCCUAAGCAAUUGCCGAUUGUCCCGGUUGUGCUAAAGGGAAGCGCGAGAGUUGAGAAGUCGAAGGGAAAAGACGGCUCCAGGACAGUUUUGGUGACAGGAGAUGCAACAGUUUCAAGGGCACGAGCUGAAAAACAAACACCAUCAGAGAGCCCUCGAGAAUCUGUGGUCGGGCAGCAAGCAUCUGUGGAAGAGCCGCGGCCUGCUUCUUCUACUGAUCAGAAAACCGCGGCGUCCACAGAACAGAAUGCCCAUGCUAGAAUCCCAUCAGACGACUCCCACGAAAUAGACGCUAUCGAUCCGCCAAGCAGAGAUCCGCCAGUUCAGCAUCAGCACGCGCUCGGUUGGCCUAUCGAUGAUGAACCGGAGAAAGCACCAGUCCGUGAUUUCGAAGAGAGUGUACCUGCCGUUUCCAUUGCCUCACCUUGGAAAGCUUCGUCUGUUGCACCAUGGGGGACCCCACUGAUCAUUGAAACAUGGAACCCAAGAACAUACGCAGAGGUUGCUGCGACGGAGCCUUACCGACCAGAAGACGCACCAGUCGCGAAUGAGAACGACCGCUCCGGUGGAAUUCUUUCCGCUUCAAAGAAGGCAGACCCUCCAGCCGACGACCCGAUUCGGAAUGAUUCGACACAACAAGAUUCGAAGAUCAUCGUCGACAGUGACGGCUCGGUGGAGAGCCGAGGAAGCGCUUCUGCAACUCUCCCAGAAUCAUUUGAAUUCAACAUCAUUGUAAACCCAGACGGCAGCACUGUUUCAGUCGAGGAACAGGCGCAUGAUGGGACGGAAGUUGUCUACAAGGAAGCUCCCCAAGGAACGAAACCUGCAGUUGCAGAACUGGCUAGUAAUGAUAGAGAACCGUCUGAUCCUGUUAUUGACGCAACGAAUCAUUUCGACGACCGAAAAAAGCAAUCCCUUUCCCCAUCUCCAUCACGGGACAAAUUGUUCCAGGGAGUCCCUGGAGAAGAGGAUGAUAAAGAGUUACAAGCGAACCCUGAUUCUUCUGAUCCAGUUAAACUCCACGAUCCAAGAAUGAGUGGUGCUGAUUUGACAGGAGUUGUGGACGAGCCUGUCUCGAUUGAAAUUGAAGUAGGAAAUGGGGCUCCGAUGGUGUCCGUCACAAUGUCGCCCAGGAGGUCACCUAAACCCAGCAAAGCAGGUUCCAAUAGGAGAUCACCAAAGUCUGCUCGAACUUCCCCACUUCCAAAGUUUCCGCAGCUGCCAGCGGCGUUCGACGACUCCAGUACUUCAUCAUCACGUCCUGACUCAGUACCGAAGUUACCACAAGUUCCGUUGACGAUGGAUGAGACUGUUAGUUCUUCUGCUGCUUCGGACGCACAAACAAAUCAAAGAGCAACGAAAAUUUCAGUUACACUGUCGCCCAAGUCUCAGCAAAAGAAAGGACUUCGUAACAUGCCAAGGCUUGCCCCAAAGAAAGUACCAAAGCUCAUGCCCACAUUGGAUUCGCAACCGGGCUUGGCCACAACGAAACUAGACAGAGGCUCCGAACCAAUGCAUGUCACCGUAACAGUAUCACCAAGAUCAUCACCAAUACAUCAACCGACAUCCUCUCCAAAAAGAGGACCAGUUUUGGUGUCUUCAUCACAGGGUCCCACCGUUCAUGAUGCAUCUCCUCUGCUGGCAGGUGAUCAACCUGUGAUGGUGUCUAGGGCAGUUGCACCAACUGCAUGGCCAAAGCAUGCUUCAAAAGAAUCUUCAAAGUCAAACAAGUGGUCACAAAAGCCUUCAUUGUCUUCCGCGGAAAAGGUUUCAUCACCUGAGUUGCUAGAAGAUGUAUCUUCUCCCAUCAAUGCUUCAGUCGUGGUUUCUCCCAAGAUUGCAACCAAGAGAUUGGAGGUUUCACCAAAGCAUUCUCAUAGGUCAGCAAAUGAUUCAGCCAUAUCACCCAAUCAUUCACCAAGAGGUUCUCUGCCUUUGUCCAAUGACACCUCUGUUUCAGAUGAUAUCGAAGUUUACCACAGUGCCAUUCAACAAGUGCAAGAAGAUGUUGCAUUGUCUCCUAAGCCGUUGCCGAAGUAUGUCAAGAAAGCAGAAAGAGAGAAACCUAAAGAUGCCAAACAGAAGCUCUUUGAACAAAAUGUGUUGGCUUCUGCAGAUCAAAAGGAUCGUGCUGUCUCUGUGUCAGUAACUCUGUCUCCAACCUCCUCACCAAAACAUGCCCACAAGGCUGCAAGAUUCUCUCCCAAGCUGUCGAUGCCCUUGGCAGAUGAUGAAUCCUCCACCGAUGAAGACAGAGAAGCCCUUCCAAUGAAGGUUUCAGUCACAUUGUCACCAAAGUCCUCAUCAAAACAUGCCCACAAGGCUGCAAGAUUGUUUCCCAAGCUGUCGAUGCCAUUGGAGGAUGAAUACUCCACCGAUGAAGACAGAGAAGCCCUUCCAAUGAAGGUUUCAGUCACAUUGUCACCGAAGUCCUCACCCAAACAUGCCCACAAAGCUGCAAGAUUGUCUCCCAAGCUUUCCAUGCCAUUGGCGGAUGAUGAAUCCUCCACCAAUAAAGAAGACAAAGAAGCCCUUCCAAUGAAGGUUUCAGUCACAAUGUCACCAAAGUCCUCACCAAAACAGGUCUACAAGACUCCCAGAUUGUCUCCCAAGCUUUCCUUGCCAUUGGAGGAUGAAUCCUCCACCGAUGAAGAAGACAGAGAAACCCUACCAACGACGGUUUCAGUCACGUUGUCACCAAAGUCCUCACCAAAACAGGUCCACAAGACUGCCAGAUUGUCUCCCAAGCUUUCAUGCCAUUGGAGGAAGAAUCCUCCACCGAUGAAGACAAAGAAGCCCUAG